ACAUUGAAUGUGAAACUUCAGCUUUUUGCUCUUAUUGCAAAGCAACCAGUUCUCCACCAGCUUCGCUCAGUUGAGCAACUUGGAUACGUAACAAUGCUUACACAGAGGAAUGAUUGUGGCAUCCGAGGCUUACAAUUUAUUGUCCAAUCAACAGCAAAGGAUCCAGGAGAGAUCCAUUUGAGAGUCCAAUCAUUCCUUAAGGAGUUUGAGAAUAAACUUUAUGAGAUGCCUGCUGAUGAAUUCAUGAGUAAUGUAAAUGCGCUGAUUGAAAUGAAGCUUGAAAAGCACAAAAAUUUGCGCGAAGAAACUUCAUUCUAUUGGGGAGAGAUUUUUUAUGGCACCCUAAAAUUUGACAGGAGAGAGAUUGAGAUUGCAGCUUUAAAGAACCUCCGGCAGCAAGAACUAAUAGAUUUCUUCAAUGAAUACAUUAAAGUGGGCGCACCCUCAAAAAAGACACUAUCGGUACAAGUAUAUGGGGGAUUGCACUCAGCCAAAUAUGAAGCGUCUGCUAAAGAUAUAUCCUCCCAAUCUCAAUCUGUCUUAAUCGAGGAUAUUUUCAGCUUCAGGAGGGCACAGCCUCUGUACGGUUCUUUAAAGGGAGGCAGUGGACGUACAUAAAGGUAGAUGGUCACAGCCUCUGUACGGUUCUUUAAAGGGAGGCAGUGGACGUACAUAAAGGU